UAACCAAAUAGGCAAUAUAGAAGUAUUAUUCGAAGCCAAAUGAGGAGUGGUGCAAGGAGUACUUCUGAGGUAGACAAGAAGGUUCAUAGAGAGUUUCCUCAUUGGUUCCGCAAUCGUAUUUGCAACAAUCUCGACAACAUUAGUGGAUCAGAUAAAAAUGUUCUCGUUAGUCUUGCUCAAGGUCCUUCUGAUAAAGUUAGAAGGUUCACUGCAUUUAAUGUCAAUGGUUUCAAAUUUCGAACAUUGGCACGAGACAAUUUAUUAAAAACUCAAAAUAGUGGAGUUUUUGGCAUGUUCGGAACACGAAGUUACUCAAGCAAUAGUGAUGCCCAAAUGAGAUUUGGAGGAGUGCCUUACUAUGGAAGAUUGAUAGAUAUCAUUGAGGUUUCCUAUGAUGGCUUCAAAGUGCCCAUGUUUAAAUGCAAAUGGGCGAAUACCACAAAUCCAAGAGGCAUUAAGACAGAUAAGUUGGGUUUUACCUCUAUAAAUUUUGCAAGACUAAUACAUACUGGGGAGCAUGAAGAUGAUGAGCCAUACAUUAAAGCGUCAGAAGCUCAAAUGGUUUAUUAUGUGGAUGAUGAAAAGGAACAAGGAUGGAGCAUACCUAUUCAUUUAAAGCCACGGGACUUGUAUGACAUGGGUGGAGAUGAUGAAAUUAUGGCACCCAUUGAACCAUACCCAUCUCAAAAUUUGGAACACAUUUUUUCUAAUGAAACCACACAUAUACAAUUGGCAAGAAUGACUACAGAUGAUGAUCCUGAAACUUCAACUUUUAAUGAUGAUUUUGAUGACAACAAUCAUGAUAUGAAUUUAUGAUUGUUAAUAAUUCUUGUUUGUUGUUUAUGACAUGGUAC